AUGAUGGUAGAUAAAGGGGAUAAGAUCCCGGAAGUGUAUGAUCAUCACUUUUGGGAGAGUGAGGUGGAGGUGGUAAGGAAAAAGACACUGACACAUGAUGGGAAGAAGUUUCGCUACUUUGAUGACAAUGGUGUCUUCAACUUUGUCUUUAUGCUAUGGAUGUUCAAGUGGGUUAAGGAAACGUCAAAGAGGUAUCUAGAUCCUUAUAUGCUCCACCCACUUCCACUGGCUGACCAGAUUCUCAAAUGGCAGCCUAUUCUUUCUAAGCAUAUUAGUGAUGGUAUCGCAAGUCUGGAGGCAUAUGAAGCUCUCAGUGAAGAUGAGAAGAAGAAAGCCAAGAAGCCUGUGAGAUACAUUCUGUUCAGGGCUGUAAUGUUGACCUACUGGAAGAGACUCCUUGCUAUACUAGUUGGUGUGGUAGUGGUUAAUGCAAUUGGUAUGAGUGUAGCUAUUUUCCUGCACAAGUUGCUUAGAUUUUUAUCAGAGGAAGAUUUUAAAUUUGUGACGUUUUUAUCCUUGACUAUUUUGAUCAUUAUAUUAGAGCAGAUAAAGAUGAUCGGUAUGAGUCAUCUUGACUACUGUUUGGAGAGAGUUUCUUUUCUUAUGGAUUCUUGUCUGCGCGUUACUAUAUUUCAACACGGUUUAUGCUACAGAAGGAGUCCAUUUGGAAACUUCCAGUCCAAGGAAGGAACUUGCAAGAGCAUCAUUCAUAGUUGCUCUGGAGAGGAUGUAUGCGCGGAUAAUCCAUUGCUGUGCCCAGCGAGGAGAUACAAGAAUAGUGAUGUUACUCCUAAAAUAUACGCUUUAACUCUGAACGAUCCAUUCUACAUUCCCUUCUUUGUGGAAUUCAUUACGGGUAUGAUUGACUUUUUGACUGCGUUCGUCUACGGCAUGAUUCUCAUGCACAGCCAAUUCAAUGUAAAGUCUCUGACCAUUCUACUGGUCUCCCUUUCCUUUGUUGUAUGCAUGGUUGUUGUGGAGAUUACAAAUGGUUUCCUCAUGAGGUACUACUUGGGUAUCAGGGAUCACAAAAUUGCAAGGGCCAAUGAGGUCAUUGUCUCUUCAUUGAAGCUGGUUGAGACAAUGUCACUGGAUGACAUCGGUCAUAAUAUGAUAACUGAGACUAGAAACGACGAGCUAGUGUUGGUAUUCAUCCGUUUCUUUUUAUCACUCGUCAACAAGGUUUUCAUGACAUCUAUCAUGUGUGUGAACAUUAUCAUCUUGGUCACUGACUUUGUCGGACAAGUCGAGGAUGCUACCAACGUUGAGAGCAUUGAUCCUUCGGGACUCUUGGCAUCCAUCUUUGUUAUUAUGAAGAUCAUUGGCCCAUUGUAUUUGGUGCCUGUGAAAUUGAGAUUGUUAACAUGUGCUUUAAAUUCGUUUUUGAGGGUAGAAGCCUUCUUCAGAACUUGUUCUCCAAACUUUUAUCUUCCUGAUAACAGGUUUACUGGGGAUAUUCCUCUGCCAGAGGCGCUACCUGAUGAGGAUAAGACACUGCCAAAGGGCCUAGUUGUGAUGUUAAAGAAGGCCUCCUUUGCCUGGGUCAAUAGCAGGAAGGAUCUCCUAGACAAUACUGGUACUACUUGUCUUAGGAACCUUGACUUUGUCCUCAAUACUGGUGACCUUGCCAUCGUUACCGGUGCUAAAGGUUCUGGAAAGACCAACUUUGUCAAGGCCAUUCUUGGUGACAUGACUUUGGUAGAAGGAUCAAUGGCUGUAUUGCCUCUCUCUACCAACAUGCCAAUAUUCUAUGCCUCUCAGGAUGUAUGGCUUCAAAAGGGUACCAUCAGGGCUAACAUUACCUUUGGCCACAGAUUUGAUGAGGAUAUCUACAAGACAGUUCUGAAGGCUAUUGAACUUGAACAUGACAUUUCCACUUGGGAAGGAGGUGACAUGCGUAAGAUCUCUGAACAUGGCUACUCCCUCAGUGGAGGUCAGAGAGUCAGAGUUGGACUUGCUCGUGCCAUCUACGCUUACCUCAUAUUCAACAAGGCAAAUAGAGAGGACAGUAAUGCCAAGUGUUCCUUCCUUGUAGUAUUGGAUGACUCAUUUACUGGUCUAGAUCCAUUUGUAGCCAAGACAAUCUUCAAGAACUUGUUUGAAAAGGGAAGAGGUCUACUCUCUGGUGGUGAUGUUGCCACAGUUCUGACAAUUUCCAAGCGUAUUUUGGAAGCUUGUGUAUCAUCAGAGUCGCCAGAAUCAUAUCCAGAUGCCCCAAUAUACACAUUGAGGAAUGAGACUCUUGUGCAUGAGAACAUGCUCAGAUCAUUCAUGAAAAACAAGACUGAAGAUGUUCGAUAUCCGGUGACUUCAAUAGAUAAAAUGGAACUUCAGUCUGUACCAUUUGAUGUUCUUAGGAGGUGUAGUUCGGAUGACUAUACUAGGUUUGGACGCAAAAGGUCUACGGAAUUUAGAUACUCUGAUUCUCCCACAGUUCAACAUUUGUAUGAUAAGAACAAGACUAAAAAUUAUAAAAGUGACAUCAUUAGACAAUUUAAGGUUUACUUCAGUGCUGCCAGUUGGCCGGUAUUUUUGUUCCUCUUCCUUACUUUAAUAUUUGCAACUUUGGAUAACACCAAGUUUAUUAUUGCUUCAAAGGUUUCGGAUUCCGUUGUUGAUUACACUAAAAAACACGGUGCUGUGGAUACAACAUCGUUUUCGGAUAUCAAAAACUAUUCUGUUAAGGCUCUCAGACGGAUCGUGAUUAUCUCGGUAUCUGUUAUGGUUGGAGCUAUCUUGCGUAUACUUUCAAUGACAAAGGCUUCUGUUAAUGUUUCACGCAGGGUUCAUGAGUAUUGUAUCAAUUCGGUCUUUGUGAACAGUUCUACGGUUCUAAAGAUCAAGAAGUCGUUGGGCAGUGUCAUUACUUUUCUCUAUAUGGAUACGUUCUUCAUUGACAACCUACUGAGCUACUUCAUUCACGAUGUUUCUCUCUUGUUAAUUGAAUCUAGUGUUCAUCUUAUUACCUUGUUCUUCAUGGUACCGUGGUCUACUCCACCUGCCCUCAUUCUUUGCUUUAUUAUUUUCCGGUACAUUGUAUGUCACUAUGUAAAGUCGUGCAGGAAUCUUUAUUUUUCUCGUUUAGAGACAUACGCUCAGAUUGAUUCUACAAUUGAGUCGGCCAUAUCUGGUGCACAAAUUUACCGUAGUUUCAAAAAGGAAUGGGAAUUGAUACACGCAAUGACUGAACAUGCUGAUUACAACAUUAGAUGCAGCUACGUUAGCAAAUCUGCUAUGACUUGGAGUUCUAUUGCCUCUAGAUGUUUGUUCUCAUCAUUAGCUUUGUUCAUUCUUGUCCUCCCUCUUGUUAGAUCAAGAUUGUUUGAUAUAGAGGUAAAGAUUGGUUAUUACAGUAUGGCCUAUUCCAUAUUUCUUAAUCUAAACACAACAUUUAUAACAUUUCUAAGACUUCAUUGCUCCUUGGAAUUUUACAUGGGUUCGUUUAGAAGGUUCGAGAACUUUGUCCUUCCAAACACCAAGAUUAAGUUUGACAAAAGGAGGAACAUUCACCAGACCGAUGUUAUUGUUGACCAUUCUGCAUCAACUGGAGAUGGUAAGCUAUCCAGCGAUAACAUCAAAAGCACCCUUCGUAGAAGACGUCAUAACGAGUAUGCUGAGAGAAGAGCUGCUAGAUGUACUAGUCUCAAGAUGCUCUUCUUUAAGCACCAGGUUAAUUUGUUUGACGUGUCCAAGUAUGCAGUUCCAGGUACUACUAGGAUAAAGUUGGAUAAUGUGAGCGUGCACGUUGUCUCCAGGGAUUCCAAUGAGAAGCAUGCCAUUCUCAAGAAUGUUACAUGCUCAGCUGAUACCUCGGACAUUAUUGGAGUCAUUGGUAGAACUGGCGCAGGAAAGUCUACCUUAUUGUCAGUACUUCAAAAUUUGGCAAGGAAUAGAGAAGGUUCUGUAUUCUUAGAUGGCUGUGAUUUGAAUGAUAUGCCAAAGAAUGUGACUAGACAGAUCAUCGGAGUACUUCCUCAACUGCCCUUCGUAUUCAGAGGUUGGACUGUUCGCAGAUUCAUUGACCCUAGAAUGCUAUUUGAAGAUGCUGAUAUUGAAAUGGCCCUGGAAAAUUGUGGCUUGCUCAAGUUUGUUGAGAACCUCUCAGGUGGCAAGGGUCUUGAUACCAUCAUUAUACCUGACCAUUACCAUAAGGAUCUACCAGAUUAUCUCAAGAGAGCUUAUUAUGGACCUACCCUGAAACCUGACGAUUCUUCCGCAGACAGUGUCAACGUUGACCAUGGUAUGGUCCUUUCAAACUCACAGCUACGCACACUUUCAGUAGCAAGACUAGUGCUCUACAGAGAAUUCUUCAAGGUUCUCUUGGUUGAUGAGCCACCGGAAGAUGAACUUGGAGUAACAAAGGAGGGUGUUCACCUUUAUGGACUUGCCAAGACACACUUCCAACACUGUACAACAUUUAUUGCAGCCCACGAUGUUGACGUUUUGCGUCUCUGCACUUCAGUUUGGGUCUUCCACAAAGGUUCUCUCAUCAAGACCUGCAGGACAGAGGAUGUUAUAGACAGCGGGUCACUCUCCAAGAUUAUAGAGGACUGUAUCACUACACACGCUUAA